CCGGCUGCCGUACUGACGGAGGAGGCGGAGUUAGUGGAACAUGGUCUCCAAGAUCAUUAAACUGGCUUCAGUGCCUGCCGGACUGGCCUUCACAUCCUACAGCUUGUAUGCAAUUUCAGACAGGGAACCUAAAGGUAAUCCUUUGAAUCCAAAUCAGUUUUCUGUUUACUCUGUUCCUCCUCCACAAUCAAUAUAUAUUGAUGAACAGCCAGGCCGCUUGCAGUCAGGAUUAUCUCUAGCGCGGGGAACUCUUUGGCCCUAUGUGAUAUGGGGUAAGAAUUUUUUCACUUCUAUAAAGUAUGGAGUUGAAGAUACAAUACAGUUUGGAAAAGAUAGUUAUGCUUAUCUGAAGCACCCACCACCUGAAUUCCUUCCAAGAGUGGGUGUCAUCACAGUGAGUGGAUUAGCUGGUCUGUUUUUGGCAAGAAAAGGAACUAGACUAAAGAAAAUUGUAUAUCCCCUGGGGCUCACUACAUUAGGAGUGUCUGUUUGUUAUCCAGCUCACGCUGUCAUCUUUGCAAAAGUAACCGGAAAAAAGAUUUAUAGCACAAGUCAGUGGACUUACGGAGCAGUUAGUUCCUUAUGGCAGACCAGCACUCACAAAGAAGAUAAUGCACAAACACAAAUGGACAAGACUAAGGUGCAAACAUCCGUGGUAGGAGGAGACCAGGAUAAUGAAGUAGAACAGACGACUAUACCUGACCAUUUCAAUACUACAGACAUUGCUGAACCUCCCAUCUCAUCUGAGGCUCAACCACCACAUUUGCUAAAUGAAGAGGCUGCUAGUGACCAGACUAAUCAAGCCCCUACCUCUCUGGAUGAAGCCAAACAGAAGACGUUUAAACCAGACCCCAAGCUUUUGGACCAUGGGCAGUCAAACCCAGAAGAUGUGGAUAUGUAUAGCACAAGAAGUUGAAAAGCAAAAUAUAUUUUAAACCCUCAAGUGUCCUUGCUUGAAGCACCAAGUAAUAACUUAUAUAAUGUGUAUUUCCAAUAUUAUGAUUAUCUUACCCACUGCAUAUUAGUCUAUUACAUUUUUGUUCUGUAGUAGAUAAAGUAAAAAUAUAAGAUUUUAUAAACAAAGUGAUUUUGAAGCUA